AUGUCAACGACAAACGGGACCUCUACUUCAUCUGACAGGACAGAGGCUGAAACUGAAGACACGGGUGAGCAGAAAAACACAGAGGACAAUCAGAUCCAACUACCUGUUCUCAGCCUGCAGGAUGAAGACAGACUUGCCAUCUUGUAUAUUUGUGCUCAUGUUGCUGUCAUGUAUGAUCACACGUCAAAUUCUCAGCACCUGUUACAAGGCCACUGCAGUACAAUCACCUGUUUGUGUGCUAGUGAAGACAGACGCUGGCUUGUGACAGCUGACAUGGGCCAAGACAGUCUAGCUAUCAUAUGGGAUGCUUAUAGGGAGAAGUCUGUUGUUUCACCGAUUCCUGUGCGGACAUUGUUUGACUGUCAUCCAGAGGGUGGAGUUUCUGCCUUGGCACUAUCAAAGGAUUCAAAAUAUCUAGUGACUCUUGGAGCUGGAGCAGCACAGCGAGUGUGUGUUUGGAACUUGACAGAUGAAAGCGAAAGCCCAGAAUGUCAAGUUGACCUCAGCCCAAAAUAUGGUUGCCAGGAAAGGAGACAUCUGGAAUACUCAGUUCCUGAAAUUACUGACCAGACCUUCAAUAUGGUGCAAGGUUCCCUGAGCCAGUCCAUCUUCUACUACGAUGUUGUGCAGGCUUUUACAGCCACCUCUGCUGGGAAUAUCGUUCUCUGGGACAAGCAGACUGAAUAUGUCUCUCAUCAACCAGUAGAGAGGAAAGCCAUAAAACUUGUGCCUCUCCAGAAAGAAGCAAUCACUGUACUGAUCUUGACUGACAGUUUUAUAGUAACAGGCAAUGUGAAUGGCCAAAUCAAAUUCUAUGAUGGAAAUCUCAAACUCAUCAACGUGUACAAUGAGUUUAGUUUGGAUCCCAUCAGAUCCAUCUCCUUUUCCAAAGAAAAGGCCUCCAUUAGCGGCCUGGGAUAUCCAAAAGACUUGCACACUGGAUGCCAAGCCAUUUGUCAUAAGAUGACGGUAAUUCAUAAAGGUUUGGAACAACAUGAGGGGCAGUACAUGAUUUUAAUUUUUUGGAGAACUCUCUCUUUAAAUUAUGAUUUUGUUCUCUCCACAACUCAUGCAACUGCAGUAGAUGUAAAUGCACAGAGAAAUGUUCCACAGACCCUUCUGAAGGAACAUACAGAACCUCUGGAAGCAGUUGCCUGCCAUCCUAAACAGCCACUAAUAACUAUGGGCAGCCACAGUGGCACCAUUAAGAUUUGGGAUUAUGAGUGUAAAGAGGCAAUCUGCAGCAGGGUCUUCCGGCCCCACAAACAGAUCCUGUGUAUUACCUACGAUCCACAAGAUUUUGUAUAUCUGUUCAUGAUGGUGUGCUUCGGGCCCUCUUAUGGUUUCUCCAGUGAAGUAAAAGAUGGCCAUCCUACCUCAUCUAAGGAUGACGAUCCUAAUUCUCGUUACAUGGCAGAUAUAACUACAAGAUAA